UUUUUUUUGUAGGGAAAAAAAUUUGUGAUUAUUGCAGUCUUUUGUCAGGAAAAUUUGAAAUUCUUUUUCUAUUUCAAAUUAGGAGAAAAUUUUUUUUUAAUUUGACAAACGAAUGCCGAAGGUGAAUUUAAUUCACUUUUAGAAUUUUUUUUAGAAAUUUUGUUACUUAUUUAAAAUAAAAUUGAUUUAGAAUUUAGGUCAAGUUUUGUAUAAAAUAGAUUUUUUUAAAUAAACACUAUUAGUUAAGUGUCUAUGAAUCAGUUGUUUUUAAAAUGUAGAAAAUUAAAAAUUAAUUAUGCCGGGGCUCGAAUUGGGUGCAAAACUAUUUAUCGGCUUUGAUGAGAUUAAUUUUUCCCCUUCCCCCGCUUUCACAAAAUGUAUAGAGAAUUUUUGUCUCUUAUUUCCAGCUCAAUGCUAUUGUAUAUAUAUAUAAUAAUGGUAAUAAUAAUAAUAAUAAUAAUAAUAAUAAAUAUUAUUUGCUAUCGUAUAAUAUAAUAUUUAUGAAUGCUGUCGAAUCUCUGGACUGGGAAUUUUCUUUAAUUAUAUUAUCCACAGUGUUUCUCGCAGAUGCUAUUAAUAUUAAUCAAUGCUGCGUUGUACUCUUGUAAAGAGGUAUUAUACCUGUCUACUCUGUAAAAUAAAUGACGUGAUGGUACCCGAUUUCAAAAAUAACAAGAAAAAUUUAUAUCAUUAAUGUCAAGAGCGGAAUCCUGUUUACUUUUUGUUUCGUUGAUUUUUGAUAACGAUAUCUUUAGUUUUUAAUUUAGAAGACCACAAGUUGUUGAAAAUAUUCUCCGAAACGCAGUACAAGCGUGUUUCUUAUCUUGUUUGUCACUGUCAGGCCUGCAGUCGUUGAAAAUGGGAACACAAACAGUAGCGACUGUACUUGGACCGGUGAAUAUUUCACAACUCGGAAGAACUUUAACUCAUGAACAUUUGGCUAUUGAUUUCGGAAAAUUUUACACCACUCCUCCUCAGCAUUUGAAGACAUUUUUCAAUAAUGGAAUUACAAUUGAAAAUGUUGGAUUCGUGAAACAAUAUCCAUAUAGCAGUGUGACGAAUUUGAAAUUAAACAAUGAGAAUGAAGAAGCGAUUCUACAAGAUGUGAAACUUUUCAAAGAACACGGAGGCGGAACUAUUGUGGAGAAUACCAAUCAUGGAAUAAAGCGAAAUAUUCCAUUUAUGCAAAAAGUCAGUCGAGAGACGGGUGUUCAUAUAAUUGCAGGCACUGGUCAUUAUGUAGCUUUAACGCAGAGUGAACAAUCUUUAUUGAAUUCAGAGGAACAAAUAAUGAAUAUUAUGAUAAAAGAGAUGACAGAAGGUUGCGAGGAAUCAAUGGACGUGAAGGCGGGAUUUAUUGGCGAAGUCGGUAGCGCUUGGCCUAUGGAUGAUUUCGAGAGGAAAACAAUUCGAGCAACGGCGGCUGCUCAACAAGUACUUAAAUGCCCGGUUAGUUUUCAUCCCGGUAGAAAUGCCUUGGCACCUUUUGAAAUAAUGAGAAUUUUCACGGAAGCUGGUGGCGAUCCUAAAAAAGUCGUUAUGUCUCAUCUCGAUCGUACAUUAAUAAAGAAGGAGGAUCUUUUGGAAUUUUCGAAAAUCGGCUGCUACUGUCAAUUUGAUCUCUUUGGUACCGAGUGCUCAUAUUAUCAAUUAACGCCAACGACGGAUAUGCUUUCGGAUGCGCAACGAUUGGACCAGAUGAAGAUUCUUCUCGACGAUGGAAAAUUGGAAAAAUUAUUAAUGAGCCACGAUAUUCACACAAAGCACCGAUUGAUACGUUAUGGAGGACAUGGAUUUAGUCACAUCAUGAAUAAUGUCUUUCCAAAGAUGCUAAUUAAAGGAUUCACUCAGAAUGAAAUCGACACUAUUACCAUAAAUAAUCCAAAAAUCUGGCUUUCUUAAAUAAGUCAUAUUUAAAUCUCGAUUCUAUGAAAAACUGAAUUAAAGUAAUAAAAGCAAAGUUUUUAAUUA